GACGACGAACGAAAGAAAUUUAAUUCAUUUCUUUGCCAAUCCGAAAUUGCUCCAUCCACCAAACCAACCAACCAACAACCAUUGAAGGAAGAGAGCAAUGUUAAUAAUAUCAUCCACCACCAAACUAAAAGAACUAAAAGUGAUAUAAUAUUCAUACCCAAGAGACAGAAACCAUUUCGAGAAGGAUGACCAAAAGAAUUCUCGUACUUACUCUCAUCUUCGGUUUUGUUAAAAAAUAAAUAACGGAGAGAAAGUUCAAUCGUGAACACUAUUCUGACACGGGACGAUAAUUGACUCGGUCUUGGGGAAAGGAAGUUUGCGAAUAAAGAAAGAAUGUGAACUAUCAAUAAGUGUCAGCCAGUACUGCGGAUCGGAUGCAUCGGAUCAAGAAAAAGUCUUUAAUGAAGUGAUGUGGGUGACGUCGUCGUGUCAGUCCCAGUUUUUGCGGAUGUGGCGUUAAUAUUUGUUUGUCGUCAAUUUGGAAAGAAAGAAGGAGUGGACCCUGCGUGACCCCAGCAGCAGUUGCAAUCUCCACUCCGAAGUUACUUUGUUCUUCCAACCUCACAUCACAAUUAAUGCAGUUAAGCUAUAUGGCGAGGACCGAGGACGAUAGACCGAAUUGUUGUUACCUUCUGAUUUAUCACCAACUGUGAUGUGGUGAUGUUAAGAAAUUCAUUUAUUAUCAUCACUUGUGCCGGUGGUUUUGUGUUCCAUAAAUUAUAUAAUUCUCCAAGUGCUUCAUAUAAUAAGUUACAUUGAUUCGAAAGAGUGAAAGUGUUUUGGUUAGUUCGAAACCAUAAAAAAGUGACAACGAAGCAACAUUAACUGUAAUUUGACGGAUUUCCUACUUUUGUAAGUGAAGAGCUAUCAAUGAUUGUUUUCGGAUGUGUAGUUUUUAUUGUUUUUUAUGAUUUAAUAAUCUAAUUAUUUUGUUUGCAAGAGAUUUUCUUUUUUACUGCAUUAUCUUAAUUAUACUGUGUUGAUUUGCAUUUCACAUCAACCUACCGUUGUUGUUUAUUUGAUCGUAAAAGUUUUACCCGGUGUUCCAAUUGAUUUUCAAGUAACUGACGCCACGAUGAAGUCCGGCAGUAUUGAUGAUGGUGAUGCGGACGAAGUUGGGAAGGAGUUGACGGAAGAACUCUAUCAAGACAACCGGAGACCUCGAAUCCAAAGCAGAGGUGACACGGAUAACCCCAACAUCACUCCCACCAUGGCUGCGACCACCACCAACACAUUUGUCGACCGGAUCGACCCCUUUGCCAAAAGGUCGCUGAAGAAGAAGCAGAAAAAGUCCCAAGGGUCAUCACGAUAUCAUCAAACUAAUGAAGCCGACCUCGUACCUCUUCCAUCCUUCAAAGAUGUACCACCUGCGGAGCAUGAAGACUUAUUUGUCAGAAAACUACGCCAAUGUUGUAUAGCAUUUGACUUCCUCGACCCCGUUGCGGACUUGAAGGGCAAAGAAAUAAAGAGGGGGGCAUUGAACGAGCUGGUUGACUACAUCACAGCCAAUCGGGGUGUCCUCACAGAGCCCGUGUAUCCAGAAAUCAUUCAAAUGAUUGCUCGCAACCUAUUCCGAGCAUUACCGCCUCUCCAAUCCCCCGACUUUGAUCCUGAAGAAGACGACCCAACAUUCGAAGCUUCUUGGCCCCAUUUACAGUUGGUGUACGAAUUCUUUUUGCGUUUCCUGGAAUCUCCAGAUUUUCAACCUAGUAUUGGGAAAAAAGUCAUCGACCAAAAGUUUGUGUUACAGCUGUUAGAACUGUUCGAUAGUGAAGAUCCAAGGGAGCGAGAUUUCCUGAAAACAGUGUUACAUCGAAUAUAUGGAAAGUUUCUUGGACUGCGUGCAUUCAUAAGGAAACAAAUCAAUAACAUCUUCCUUCGAUUCAUCUACGAGACGGAACAUUUCAACGGAGUGGGUGAACUGUUGGAGAUAUUGGGGAGCAUCAUUAAUGGCUUUGCAUUACCUUUGAAAAUGGAACACAAACAAUUUCUUGUCAAGGUUCUCAUACCACUUCACAAGGUGAGGAUGGUUCGGUGUUUAGCACUUUACCACGCUCAGCUGGCCUAUUGCGUGGUACAGUUUCUGGAAAAGGAUGCAAGUCUUACCGAACCUGUGGUCUUGGGUCUUUUAAAGUUUUGGCCGAAAACUUGUUCUCAAAAGGAGGUUAUGUUUCUUGGCGAAAUUGAGGAAAUACUAGAUGUAAUAGAACCCACGCAGUUUGUAAAAAUUCAAGAGCACUUGUUUCGCCAAAUCGCCCGGUGCGUUUCAAGUCCUCAUUUCCAGGUGGCUGAGCGUGCAUUAUAUUUCUGGAAUAAUGAAUACAUAAUGUCGCUUAUAGAAGAAAAUAAUGGGGUCAUCAUGCCAAUAAUGUUCGCUGCAUUAUAUCGAAUUUCGAAGGAGCACUGGAAUCAAACGAUAGUCUCAUUAGUAUACAAUGUACUGAAAACCUUCAUGGAGAUGAAUCCUGAUCUGUUCAACAGCUUGACCACAUCAUAUAAAGCCGAACGUCAAAAAGAGAAAAAACGUGAAAAGGAAAGAGACGAACUGUGGAAGAAGCUGGGAGACCUAGAAUUAAGUUAUCAAAAUGCAAAUAAUGUAGGAAAUUUAAAUAGUUCGGGUAAUGCCAUUUCAACAUCUGACCUCCCAAAUUCGACGUCGAAAUAACCCAUUUGGAUCUGCUCCAUCUACAAUUAAUUAUUGUCAAAACAUGGAAUGAAAAUCAAGCGGCGUUACCAGUUUGUAGUUUUUAAAGAAGAAAUUAGAUCGAACGAAAAACGACGACAUCUUCUCGACGACGAUAGUGUUUCUACGACGAAUGUUAUUGAUACUUAAGAGAGUGUCCAUACGGCUCACAGCUUUUUAUAAGUUAUGACAAAAUUGAAAAAAUAUGAACUGCCCGAGUAACAAUCAUCUAUGCAAUUCCCAUAUUUACAUAAACUGUAUUUUGUUAAAACCGCAAAAUUUCAAUCUGAAAGUACAUAUUAUUAUUAUUCAAAGAAAGGUUGAUACAUAUAUUACUCUUGUAUGAUCUGCAACUUCGUACAUAUUAUUGUUUGUUCCUCUUGCAGACUUUUCUGUUUUCUAGUGCCAUAAUCCACAACAUUAUUGGGGUGGCUUCAAGUUGUUGAAAAUCAAUGUUUUUUCCUUAUUACUUUAAAUACUGUUACUGCUAUUACAUAUGCUUUUGCAGUCAACUUGGAAAUUGGCCAAAUGUGUUUAGGAUGGAAAGGUUGCAUACUUAUUUUGAGAAAUGUUUUUGUAAUAAACACGUUGCGCUACAUCGGAAUUUGUCACUACUUGUUAUGCUACUUGGUUGGUCUUACGUAAGAGUCGUCGUCGUUGGGAUGGAUUAGAUAACCCACGUUCUUGGUCGUCCCAGCAAGUAGGUUUUAGUCUGUGACGGAAGCGGGUGUUGGGUGAUUUGCAACAUUCUUUUGAUUCAGGAGCACUUGUAUACUUUAAAAGCAUAGAACAAAAUUGUCCUUAGUUAAAUUAGUACUUACAAACUAUUUCAAUAAUAAUUGUGACGCAUACAUACAUCUAUCUGAUGGCUGGCUGGGAAAUUACUGGGGGAUACUUACUUGGAUGACUUUCUUGGGUCAAGAUAACUAUAAUUUUAUAAGGAAUGGAAUGCUCACUCACUCGACUAUUUAAGAGCCCCAAAAAUUAACCUUUACUACCUACUACGGCCAAUAGGAUAUUAAAUUAGUGACUGACGAUGACGAUGAUCUAUGCUAAUAAUAAUACAUAUAUAAAAGCACAUUCAAAAGUAAUAAGUUUGAAAUGUAACUCUUUCUAGUACCUCAUCUCCCACUACUGCGUGCGAAAUCAGAGUCGACUAGAACUGCAGUUUCACUUUGAACAUUUUGAAAUUGAGAGUGGAGACAAAAAACUACUACUCUUGUUAAUCUGGUGUAAUUCCUCCUUCCUUCAACAAUAACGGUUGGUAGGAAUGAACUGAGUCAUAAUUUAUGUCUCUAUUUUGCGUACGUUGUUCGAAGAAAUGUGUACGAGUAAAAUUCAAUCACUUGCUGUAUCUUCCAUCUCUAAAAAAACUUAUACAAUUUGAACUACUGUCUAAAUACCUACAUACCUACCUACACAAACACGAAAGCGACUUUGUUGAGUAAAAAUGAAAACGAAGAAAAUUGCGUAGAAAAGAUGCUGACUUACUAAAAUAUUUUAAUUAACAUAAAUAGGAUCAAUUGCAAUUUAAUUAACUUAUUAAGUGGGUUGGAUUAAGUAGUCAGCAGGGUAUUUAGUUACGCCAAGAGUUACAAUGUAAAUAUUAAAGUCUAUCGUAGCACUAGGACUGACAAUUCGCUAUAGUACCUUUAAUCCAUAUUAUUAUCAUUAUUAUUAUCAUUGUUAUUACUAUUGUUAUAUACCAAAAGUGUGUGUAGCCGACUGAUGGAACAAGAAGAAGAGGUUUAAUGAAAUCUUAAGUCAGUUGCCCGUGUAUAAUACAAAAGUUAACUCAUAUAACAUAUAUGCGGUAUUUUGGUUGUAUUGUAGCAUUAUUAUUGUCAUUAUCUUUCUGUAUUGAUGGAUACUUUUAAUCAACCUGACUAAUUAAGCGAAUCACGUCGUACUAUGCAUGUAAACUUUAACCUGAACGAAAAUUAUUAUGGAUUUGGAGGGUCUGUAAUGAAUUGCAGAUGUUCAUUUGGCAUGGUAGGAUAAUGGAAUAUAAAAAUAUCAGUCAGAUUAAUUGUUUGGAGCCCCACCACCUGAACACACCCAACAACCUCGGUUUCAUAUAAUGUUACUUUUACUAUAUACGUAUAUCAUAUGGUAAUAUAUAUAGUAUACAUCACAUACCCUGUCAUCCUGUCCACUAUUUAUUAUUAUUAUUAUUAUUAUCAAAACCGUUGUUCUUUAUUUUCGGUUGUACGCUCAUGAGUCAUGAGAGUGUUGGAUGCAGUCUUAAUAACUUAAUUAAUGAUCUUAUCAUGAUAUGAGUGUGAGAACUUACAAAAAACCUUACAUGAGUUGCUUUCUGUUGUGCAUCGAUGUGAAUGUGUCGCACUAAUUUGUAGACUUUAAAUACAAAGUAUUUUAAUUUAUAUUAUGUGUCAUUAUCAUUGUUUCUUUCAUAAUGUUCAACGGUUCGUUAUCGCUAGGUUAAGUAAAAUAUUUAAUCUAGUGGAUUUAAACAUUGUGAUUUUAAAUUUUAAUGAUUAAAGCUUAAAAUUAACAAAGUGAAA